UCGUGUUUAAGAACAUCAAAAUGUAAUAUAAGAAUAUGGAUGUACUUAUUUCUAUUUAUAAUUAUAAAAAUAUACGUAGUAUUUUAUGUUCUUUUACAAAGAUUACAAAACUUUUUUUUUUUCUUUUUUUUUUUGUAAUAUACAAUCGACUGUGUUCUUUUGUUGCACAAUGAGCACUAUACACUCUUAAUACAACGAGCACACUUUACAUCUAUCCGUACUUAACUAAGAAUGUUUAACAACCUACACUUUCAAGUUUCAACUAGUAUUCAUUUCCAAGAAAUUGGUCCUCAACUUGUAACUUUGUAAGUUGACAUUUAUCUAAGAGUCUAAAACACUACUAUGAACUAUUGGAAGAAUGGACGUGGAGUGCAUUUUUGUACCUAUUGCAUCCAAAAUAGUUGAUAUAGACCUACCUUUUUUUUUUUAAAAAAAAAAAGCAUAUUUAAGAACGAGUUGAUUAAUAUAGAACAAAAAUAUUGACUGAAUUUAAUUCCAUGUAUUUAAGAACGAGGCUAUUAACACAAAACAAUAACAUAGACGGGAUUCGAUCCUAGAUUUCAGUUCCAAUCUUAUUACUUAAAAGAAACAUUCUUUUAGUGAGAAUUAAGCCAUUAUGAUAAUGGAUAUGGCAGGCAAGAGUUUAUUUGAUUAAUUUUCUGACAACACAAACUCAUCAAAGAAAAGAGUUAAAAUAAAGCAAUAAAUCAAUCUCAAAAAUAAGUUUAAAUGGUAAUAAAUAUUUGUUCAAGUACUAGUAGUGGCAUAUAAAAUCCAAACCAUGGCAACAAGAAAAAAUGUCCCUACUUCCCCUAUCAAUUCAAGGCUAUCAUAAUCAAUACAGAAUUCCCAGAUCAUAACACCCUUUUCUACCUUUUAUGGCCUACUCUUUAAACUCACCCCACACUUCCACAUUCUUUAACAAAAUGUGAUUUUGCAUUUGCAUUCUCAUUCUUCAACACCUCACCUUUUUUCUCUCUCCUAAAAAAAAAAAAAAUGAAACACACCCAAAUUCUCAAAUUCUUAUUUCUAAUAAUCCCAUUAUCUAUAAUCAUCAUCUUCAUACUCUUUAUCUGCUUGUUCAAGAGAAAAAACCCAGAAAAUCAGAAAGAAGGUGGUGAAUCAGAUAAUGACCCAGAAUUAGGAAACAUAAUUAACAGUAUUAGUAAUGAUGAACAGUUGAUGUGCUUUGAAGGGGGUGAAGAUCUAGCUGUUUCUGACAUUUUAGAUGCACCUGGUGAAGUGAUUGGAAAAUCAAGCUAUGGUACAUUGUACAAAGCUGAUUUAUUUAGGAAAAAUAAUAAUUGUAAUUCAGUUUUGUUGCUUAGAUUUUUGAGACCUGCUUGUAGUGGGUCCAUUAGAGAAGUAAUUCCUGUAGUGCAUGCAAUUGGUUUGGUCAGGCAUUCUAAUUUGGUCCCUCUUAAGGCUUUUUAUAUGGGUCCCAGAGGUGAGAAGCUUUUGGUUCAUCCAUUUUAUGUUCAUGGAAAUCUUGCUCAGUUUAUUAAAGAUAGCAACAAUGAGUCCUACAAAUGGGAUGUGAUUUAUAGCAUUGUCCUCGGUUUAGCAAAGGGAGUGGCUUAUCUUCACACGGGAUUUCACAAACCCCUACUACAUGGAAAUCUCAAGUCUAAAAACGUAUUGUUGGGGCCAGAUUUUCAGCCAUGUAUAUCAGAUUACAGUCUAUAUCUGGUAUUGAACCCAACAGCAGGACUAGAAAUGCUCGAGACUUCUGCAGCUCAGGGCUAUAAGGCGCCUGAGCUUAUGAAAAUGAAGGAUGUUAGUGAAAGUACUGAUAUAUACAGUCUUGGAAUACUCUUGCUAGAAUUGCUUACUGGCAGAGAGCCUAUUAGUGUAAACUCGUCAGACUCUCAGGAAUUUUUCUUGCCUAAUGUCAUCCGAACUGCAAUUUUGGACCAUCGGAUCAAGGACAUGUAUCAUCCCAACAUUGUAUCUAAUCAAACAGGAAAACAAAGGCACAGGACAGAAGAUCGUGCCCUGAAGUUAGUUCAGCUUGCAAUGUCUUGCUGUUCAGCAUCGCCUUCUCUUAGACCACCAGCAAAUGAAGUCCUAAGGAAAAUCGAGGAAAUUGGGAAGGAACCAGCUUUACAACACAAAAGAACUUAACACAGGCAUUUGUUCACUAAUGAUUGAUGAAUGAUUAACAUCAUAUUAUGGCAAUUUUUUUCAUUGUCAUAAAAAUCAGGGCACGCCGGGACAGGGACAACAAAGAUCUUGUUGUAGGGAAAGUUUCAAACUUUUGAUGAAUCUGAUGUGCCCACAAUCUUAACAAAGUUGAAGGUUUGAGUCAGAUGGCAAAGAAAUCCAUUGGAAUUGUUCUCAGGCUGCUGGAAUUUCCAAGAUUUAUUUAAUUGCCUAGUAUCAGGGAAACAUGGGAUGCUGGAUUUUAUUGGGGCCCUCAUGAUGAUCUUCUUGUCUGGAGAUUACCCAAGAAUUUGGCUAAAGGAAAGCUUAACAAGAUCUUGCUAAUGAUGAUGUUUAACAGAAUGAUUUUUGCUCUAUUCAUUUUUUAGGGGUGGUGAGGCAAAGCCUGCAUAGUAUUUUUUGUGGGAUGUAGAUAUUUAUACUCAACUCGAACUAUCCAAAUUCGAGCAAUGAAGUAAAUUCUUGUACAACAAAAGCACAGGAAACUCGAACUAUGUUGUAAAGUGUUACUCUGUAGUAGUUUAAAUCUAUGCUGAUCAUUUGAAUCUCUCAUUCCACUCGACGACAAAUUGUUAUGUUCGUCUUCAACAUUACUAAUAGGUCCGUCCAAUUAUUAGUUAGGAUCU